UGUACUCGCUAUUUACUUCUUUGACUUGUUUUGAAAAUGUUUGGACAGACGUAUGGGACAUCAUUUUGAACCUUGAGAAUGGAUGGCGUGAUAGUUGAUUUGGAUGCCGUGUCUCCACCGCCAUCACAAAUCUUCUCAUUAUUUGGAGACGAUGCCGAAAACUACACUCAUGGCGUAGACCGUGCUUACUCGCUUCUGGGUGCAAUGACAUUAUCAGGACCAUAUAUGACCGACUGGUUUGCAAUUGCAACUAGCAUAUUCCUAUGGAUGGCAGUCUCUUAUGGAGUUCUUUACCUGGGUGCAGCGUUAGUUGCCUUAUUAAUGAUGCGGCGACACCCUUACGUUGUUCUCUUCGUCAUACCGCUUCUAGCGAUGUGCGUUAUUGGACCAGCCACUGUUGGAGUGUUGACUUCAAUGGUGUUAGCCUACACCCUUAGUGCUUCCGAUAAGGAUAUAAGUCCGUGGCAUUGCAUGUCGACUACUAGGAACGCUCUAGUUAUCCUAUGUGAAUGUUGGAGUUAUUCUGCGUGAUGCAGAAGUUUUUCAGUAUUAUCUGCUAUUUCUCUUUGCCGUUUGCUGUCGCCUGUAAAACCUAGUCAAUUUAUCACUGUGAGUCUGCCAAAACAGAUAACGUUAAAAAUUGUAAAUCUCUGUGACUCUGAUUACACGGCUUCAACUUACCUUAAAUGCGGGUCUUUCGCACAUGAGGUGCAUAAUGUUGUAUCAUAUUAUGAAUCCAAUGAGCUCCAGUGCUUUCUGUCCAUAAUAUUAAAUUUUGCCUUGCGCUAAUUCAAUGAGAUUGUGUGAUUUGUUUCCUUGCUCAUAAAUUUUUUGACUUCUCAAAUUAUCCUGGUUGACACAAAUUGAAUCGUCUAUUCCAUAAUAAUCGUUCAGGUGGCUUUGUUAACUUAUUCAGACUUGGCUCCUAGUAGAAGCUUUGGAACUUUUGGAAUCAGCUAAUGAGCUGACGUUUAUCAUUAGAACAGCAUUCCAUCUGGUUUUUACCUUCCGUUGUAUUUGCGGUAUAAUAUGAUGUGUGAUGUAGUGUAGCGGAAUAAGAUCAUGCAUGGAAUUUACCUGGCUAUCCAGACUACUCCGACUUUCCAAAACUAAUCAGAAUAUUGUCUCUCUUGUUAACCAAUUUUCUGCAAUACACGUAAUUCGAACUGUUCAUUGUUUAUUCGGU